AUGGAUGCAUUCAAAUUGUUGCUGCCGAAGGAAAAGAAAGUUGAUUGUUUAGAAGAUCUUGGCGCAUUGACUAUUAAAGAAUUGAAGCAUAUUCUUGUAGCAUACAGGGAGAAAACUUCCGGUGUCAAAGCCGACCUUAUUCUUCGUGCAUAUGCGGUCUUUUGUCGUGCAAAGAAUUUCAAUUCUCAAUCCAAUGACAUUUCAGAUGAGUCCUCCUUACUUUGUCACGAAAAUGAUUUCACAUUUGAGGCUAUUUAUGAUCAGUGCAAGCAUCUUCCUUGGACAGCUGACUUACGUGGAACACCUCCUUUUACUUUUCUGCAGCUCUAUGAAUAUUUGGUUAUUCGAACAUCAAAAUUCAAGCACAUCCUUCUUAAGAGUACUGCCUACAAGAAACUGAAAGCAUUUCAGUUUUUCUUUGAAGGCUUUAUAAAAAAGAUCGAUGUAGCUAAGAACAAGGAGUUUACUUUCUUCAAUGUUCGUGUCAAGGCAUCUAUGAAAAAGGUUCUCUAUAAAGUAAUUUUGAAGCAUUCAAAUAUUUCUGGUGAUGUUUGCUCUGCUGCCUGUUCUUGUCCUGCUGGCAUUGGUCUUGGUGGCUUUGGAAACUGCAACCAUGUUGGUGGAGUUCUCUUUGCCCUGGAAGAUUUUAACCGGCGUGGUCUUCAAGGAUUUGAAUCAGCAGUUUCCUGCACAUCAAAAUUAUCCUCAUGGAAUGUGCCAAAUGCCUCUUCCCUUCGGUCCUUUAAUCCAGCUCCAAUUGAUGAAGUCGUGAUAAAGAAGAUUAAGUUUGGAAGGAAUUAUGAUGGUUAUGAUGUUCCAAAAUCAAAAACAUUUGACCCUCGCAUUACCAGCCAUAGAACCGUGAACAUUAAUGAUCUUGAAAUUUUAAAAUCGAAAUUAACAAAAUUCAUGCCAAACAGUGGAUUCUUUGGUUUUUAUCCAGCUUCAACAUCUGAUCUUCCUCCUUCAAGUGACAGUGCUUUCACCAGUGCAACUGAUACUCAAGAUCCAUCUUUAGCCGAAGAAGUCUCUUUCAAUGAGUGCUUCGAUAUCUCCAAACAAUCUUUUAAAGAUAUGAUGGACAUUUAUUGUCAUAACCUAUCUUUGUCUGCUGAAGAAAUUUCUGACAUUGAGAAGGUGACCCGUGGUCAAUCCUCCAACAGCAAUUGGAUAGAUUAUCGCCUUUAUCGACUAACAGCCUCAAACUUCUACACUGCUGCCGUAAACACCGUUGAGCCAUCUUCAAAAAUAAAAUCCAUGUUUUACAAGUCUUUCUCAACCUUAGCAACCAGCCAUGGCAAGAAAUUUGAAGGACAUGCCAUUGAGCUCUACACAAUUUACAUGAAAGAGCAUGGCCUGAAUGUCAUUGUUUCUGAAACUGGCCUGCAAUUAUCUUCUUCUUCUCCUUUUCUUGGUGCAUCUUUGGAUGGCAUGGUUUCUUGUAAGAAUGAAAGAUGGGGUUUGGAAAUAAAAUGUCCAUUCUCCAAGUUCAAAACCUCUCUUCAGGAUGCACUUAAAGACAAGAAGUUCUUCUUGGAGAAUAAUGGUGGCACUAUCAAGCUCAAAUGCAAACAUCAAUACUAUUAUCAAGUUCAAGGCCAAAUGUUUUGUGCUGAUUUGAAACGUAUUGAUUUUGUUGUUUGGUUUGGUGGUAGUGAACCAUUGUUUGUGGAGUAUAUAUGGAGCAUUAAUACAAUAUGA